CGGGGCCGGGGCCGCUCACACCGGCGGCGGCGGCGGCGGCGGCGGCGGGGCCAUGAAGGUGAAGAAGAGCGGCGGGGCCGGGGCGGCGGCGGCCAGGACCGAGGAGGAGCUGGGCCGAAAGGCGCUCAUCGGGCCCGACGAUGUGCUGGGGCUGCAGCGGGUCACCAGCGAUUAUUUGUGCACUCCAGAGGAAAAUGUUUACAAGAUAGACUUCACCAGGUUCAAAAUCCGGGACAUGGAAUCUGGCACAGUCUUGUUUGAAAUCACCAAGCCAGCAGCUUCAGAGCGGGAGCACAACGACAGGAAGGAUGUGGACCCCAACGCCGGGCGCUUCGUGCGCUACCAGUUCACCCCCGCCUUCCUCCGGCUGCGGCAAGUGGGAGCCACGGUGGAAUUCACAGUAGGGGACAAACCCAUUAAUAAUUUCCGUAUGAUUGAGAGGCACUACUUCCGUGACCAGCUGCUGAAAAGUUUUGAUUUUGAAUUUGGCUUCUGCAUCCCCAGCAGUAAAAAUACUUGUGAGCACAUCUAUGAAUUCCCCCAGCUCUCAGAGGAUCUCAUUCGAGAGAUGAUCCUGCACCCCUACGAGACACAGUCGGACAGUUUCUACUUUGUGGACAACAAGCUGGUGAUGCACAACAAGGCAGAUUAUUCCUACAGUGGAGGACCUUGAGCUGGGCUGGCCUCCCCUUCCCUCUGGAAAUCGUCAGGGAUCCCAAAAAAACCUCCAGCUCUGCUGCUCAACGUCCCCUGGACAAGGAUCCACCAACCAAGGACUCUUUGCCACAGUAGGAGUUUCAUGACAUCUCUUGGGAGCUUUUGAAGCAGACCCAGUUCUUCAGAAGUUUUGAGCUAAAAUCAUCUUUGGAUACCACUUCCCUAAGUUCUUUAAGUGUCUGCUUUGAAAAUGGCCUUGUGGGACCUGAGGGGUUUUGCCCUAAUUCUGUGAAUUCAUGUUCCUGCCCUCGAGUAUCUUUUAGGAUUGCUUUCCCAAAAAUGUAAUCAGAGAAAUGGGAGUGGAUGGAUGCAAAGGCAGAGGUUUGGGUGGUUGUUUCUCUUUGUCAGUGCUUCAAAGGCCAAUUUAACUUGUCCAGCCUGUUGAAAAUAUCCAGCAAAACAUCUCACCAAGGCAAGUUUCAUCUCUAGAUUGGCUCUCCAUGAGUAUUUCAUCCUUUAGUUUCCAUCCUCCUGUUUAACCCUGGAAACACCAACACCUGCAAUGGGGAGCAGUAGCUCAGUGACAGAGCUGUGUAAAUUGGGUGUUUUUACAUUUACAUUCCUUUUACAUUUCAGGUGAAGGUAAAAUGGCAUUGUGGGUCUGUGAACCUCCAUAAGUACAUUCCAUUAAUUUCAGUUUCUUGCAGAAUAAUCAGGAAAAGCAGAAGGGGUUUAGCUUUAUUUAACAUUUUUUCUUUAUUAAACAUGCAGCCUUUUCAUGCCACACAUUUCCCAUGUCUAAUUUCUUUCAUCUCUGCUCGAUACCAAGAUAAGGAUUUCAGCACUGCUUGUUAAAUUUUAUUUGUCUAGGGCAGCUGGGGAGUGUGGAAUUUCCAAUUUUCUACUUGUAUCUGCAUUUAAGAGAGGUUAAGACAGUGUUUUUCCUUUGUUAAAAAUGUUUCUCAUCAGAUAUUAAUACAAAUGAAACUAAUCAUCUACAGCUUUAACACACAGCAAAAAAUUUAGCAAAAGUUCUCUCUUCAGAUUCUGUGAGAAGGUUAACACCAAUUUAGCCCAAGAAAUAGCAACACCAAGAAUAAACUACUGUGGGGUGACCUGUUGUCAUGAAACCCUUACUCUGAAGGUCAGUUCACUGAUACUAAAAAAAAAAAAAACCAACAAAAAAACCAACAAAAAUAAAAGACAGUUGCAGUCUGUAGAUAUUUCUAUAAAUACUUGAUGUCUCCAUGUCUAAUUCUGUGAGUUGAAGUGGAACAUUCUAUGUUAGGAUAGGUGUAAUAAUUGUAAUAAUUUUUAUAAAAACAUCAUUUCCAGUCGUGAGGAGCUUCUCUGUAGUCACAGCCUAUGUCAGACAGGACAACAAACAAUUCAAGUGUAGCCUAAGGACAGGGAGGUUUUUGUGCUCUUCUUGGGGCUCUGGUCACUUUUCAGAGUGUCACCAUUUGUGUUUGGCUUGGCUUUUUUCACUGCUGAGAGAGGAGGCAGGUUUGUUUUUUUUUUUGUUUUUUUAGAAAAACCACAGUGAUUUUAGGCUACAGCACAUUUUUUAUAAUCUUGGUAGCUACAAAAGUGUGUCAAGUUCACUGAUUGUACACAAGUGAUAACUUGUAGUAAUUCUUAUCACAGUGAGAAUUGUAUCUAUCACUAUUUUUUGUCUCUAGUGGAUUAAAUCACACAAGUAGCCUAGGGCUGACUGAGUUUGAGAAAUACAAAGGAUUUCCUCAUUAUUUGUGCAGUACUUUGAAGUACUGACCAUUAAUUUUAUAGCACAGUAAUUACUAAAGAUGAAAAUAGUUUUAAAAAUGUUUUCAUUCCUCCCCCCACCUUUUUUUUUUUUCCAUCAGGGCUGUUAAAUCAUAUAUCCAAUGACAUUUUGCAAGUUCUAAGUAUUUCUGAGUUUUGUUUCAAUUUGCAGACAAAAUUUAAAGACAAAAUAGAGUGUGUGUUUAUAAUUACCACUGUGUAUAAGGUUUUUUAAGGGAUUAUUUUUCACCUGCUGUUCAUAACAGUCACUUCUGUGCAUAAGAUUUUUAAAAGACUUUUAGGAAUGGAAUUUGCCCAGAAUUGCCAGUCAUCUGUUUAAUAAGUUGUGAUGAGAUCAGCUGUACUUUGGUGUCAUUUGAUGGGAUUUCCUCUGAAAUAGUCAUGUUCUGCUCCUUUUUUUAUGCUACCUCCUUUCAAGACUUAAAGAAAAAGAGUAAUUCCAUAAAAGUAUUACUGUAAUCAAGGGAAAUUUGGGUGGUAGACAUGCCCUUAAUGAAAGAACCAAGAGAAAAUCACAGUGUUCCCAGGAGUGCAGGGUAUGACUGGAAUUUCUGACAUUUUUCUAGGGUAGGCUUGAGGUUAAACACAAGAGGAUGAGUUAUCAGCUGCUUCUCUCCUGAAAUCUUUUAUAAUUCAGAUUAUAUAUGUAAUAAUUCCAGUCUCACAGAAAAUUUAGUGUGAAUCAUAUGGGAAUUAUUACACUGAGUUUGUUGCCUAAUAUUAUUAGGAAUAUUUUAAGCCAGAAAUAAAGAUUGGACAUUUUCAAUAAAAUCAAUUUCAACCAAUUCUAGCUUUAGCUUUUCAGCUGGGACAAUUUUACUCUUAUUGAAAAUCCCCAGAGUUUGCCACAAUAACAAAUUCUGAUUCCUAAAGCAAGGCAAACACCAGGACUUGGUGGGGAGAGCAAUUAAGGAGUGCAGUUUUUUUUUCUGUGUCUCACUGUUAUCUCACUUGGGAAUUCUUUGUUAGCAUUCCCUCAAGGUCAUCACAUCACAAUCUUUACAAACACGUGGGAAUCCCUGUCCAGGAGAGAGGUUCUGCUCCUUUCCCACCUGCUCAUCACAUUGGUGUUGACAUAAACAGCACUAAAAUAAUGUUUCUCAAAAAAUUUGACUAUAAAGUUGCUGUUUUAAUGCCACUUCUUGUUUUGCUUAAAAACCACCUUCAGAAUUUAGUGUUAAAGACCAAACUUUGUGCAGCACCCAAUAAUUUCAUCUUCCUUCUGGAGGGGAGCUGAGUGUGCAGCCCAGUUGUGGAACUCACAUUUUUUCUCCUUAAACUGGCAGCUGAUUGUUAUUAUAAACCAGUUGAAAAUGAAGUUUUAGCAGCCUUGUUCACAGAAGAAUUUGUUAAUCUUCUUAACUAGCUAUUAUUUUGUAUUUUAACAUUCAUCAUUACUGGGUUUACUUUGGAAGUUCAUUGUGAAAUCACCAAAUAUUGGCUCUGGGAAAAAAAGAAUUACUGUGUUUUCCUCCUUGAUCUCAUUUUAAACAUGACUUUAAUUAGCACUGCAGCUCUGUUUUAACAAGCCAGCCUGGCAAUUUGGGAUCUGACUUUCUGAAAGUGAAAGAAAACAUCCAAAGCUAACCAAGAUUAUCUGCUAAUAAUGCCUGGCUGUUUCCUGUUGUAAAACAGGAUUAAGUGUGUGCUUUACACAGUGACUUAAUCUUGGAAAAAGGAACUAAGUCUCUCUGAGUGCUAAUAGUGACAUAAUUUUUCUGAGAGACAGGGAAAUUACAGUUCAACACAUUAUUUCAGGGAAAUUAUAAUUUGACAUAUUUUUUUUCACUUUGUCAGUCUUGGAUUCCUUUAGUAGUCUGGGUUUUUAAAGAAAGCAGCAAUACAUUGCUGGUGAGCUGCAUACUCUAAUAACUCACACUUCCAUGGCAGGGAGAGAACCAUUUCUUUUUAGAAUUAACACAUCAGCUGUGGUUGAAAAUCUAGAAGCUUUGCUCUCAGUUCAGUGGCAAAAGCCAAAAUUGUUUCUGUGAGUUUUCUGUUACGUGGUGACAUUUCUGAAAUAACUGAGUGAUCCACCCUUCCUGACUCAGAAUAUUUUAUUUAUUUAUUUAUUGUAAUGUAGAAAGUCUCUCCAGGGUUGAAAACAAUCUGCUGGGGUUUAGUUCUUGUUCACAAUCUCUCUCUAUGUCUUGUUUUUUUGGGCAGGUCAGUAAGGUGCUCUAUUUUCCACCUCUGUCCUCUGAGUUUUAUUCCAAAAUCUUGUGUAGUGUCACAGUGGUGGCUGUGUGUGAAACAUGCAGGCUACCAACUUCCAAAUCUCUUCAGUUUGAGAAAAAACUGUGGAAUUGUAUUGAGAAUUAUCCUGCAUAUCAACCCAUAAAAAAUAAACUCCAAUCUUCAUGACAAAAGUAAAAGGGAGCUCUUAGUCAUGCACAGAUUGGGGCUAUUUAAGGUACAAAAAUGCUAAUACCCUACUGUCACAUUUAGUAAGUAUUAUAAAAAUGCUCUAUUAAUUAUUCAUAACCUGGAAAAGAUGGUUAACAGCUCAGUUUUAAUUAGGUCUGGUUAGGAAGGAAACCAUAGAAAUCAUUGCUGUUGUUUGGGGCUGCAGGGCAGCAGCUGGAAUUGUGUGUAUGGCACAAAAAUUUGGGCAGGUCUGUUUGCAUUUGGGGGGGAAAAGUGAGGGAAAGGAGGACAAGGACAGAAAAAAGAAUUAAUUUCAGGUGUUUGGACCCAAGAGCUUCAGUUUUCUCCUGGGUCUGAGGCAGCUGGGAGCUUCUGGUUCUCCUCUCUACCCCCAGUGUAAAAUUUAUAGAGACUUUUCAGUAUUGAUUAAAUACCAUUGAGAGUUCAUAUCACUUAAUCCACGUGGAAAUUGCUGAUUUAUUUGAGGGGUGUGAUGCUCCAGGUCUCACCUUGCAGCUCAGUUGUUCUCCCCAUCCCUGGUCAGGGUGAAAUGGUGUUUUUGUGCCUGCAGCCCCCCAAAAACCCCCUGUGCUCCUGCCUGCUCUGGUGUCUGCUUGUAUCUUAAUACACCCAGCAAAACUGUUUGAAUGUGAAUUCUGUUUGUUUGUUUGUUUGUUUGUUUUUCUUGGCAUAGAAACAGAAUUGUCUGUAUUAAAAUGUAUUUAUAAAAAAAUAUAUAUAUCUAUUUUUUGUGGAAGGAAAGUAGGAUUCUGAUUAUUAUACCACUGGGAAAAUGUUAGGAGCAUUUUUACUGAGUUAAUUUCUAAUUCUUUGUACCUUGGUAGUGAUUUGUUUGCUAGGAGAACAUCCACUGUGGCAAUGCAAUGCACUGUCCUGCAGAGAAUCUGGUUUGCAGAAAACUGUGAGUCUUUUGUUUCCCUUUUGGGACAGGAGGGAACUGAGGAAAUCACCAGGAAUAGAAGGAACCUUGGCAUGGAAUCCAUUCUGUGGCUUUGGCUUCAGCCUGUUUGACUUUUUGCAGAUUAAGUAGAGAGAGAAAAGAUUGAGACUUAAGGAUUAAAAAAAAAAAAAAAAAAAAAAAAAGAAAA